AUGGCAGAUGUGGACAUUGCUCCAAAUUUCGGCCUUGAGCUGAAGGAUGGCUUCAAACCAGCCAAUGCCUGGGUUGCAAAUGGCAUAAACUGGCUUGGUGACAUCGAGCAGUUCUAUCGGGAGAGGAGCGUCAUCGAGAAGGAAUACAGUGCUAAGCUCAAUGCGCUGGCUAAGAAGUAUUACGAGAAGAAGUCCAAGAAAUCGAGUAGUCUAAGUGUCGGGGAGACACCUACUAUGACUCCUGGGUCAUUGGAGAGUGCUUCCCUGACGACUUGGACGACUCAAUUAACAACCCUCGAGUCCCGAGCUGGGGAACAUGACAGAUAUAGCGGGGAGCUCAUAUCACAGCUAGCGGAUCCUCUGAAGGUUAUUGCAACACGAUUUGAAGAGCUUCGGAAGCGCCAUGUCGAAUACGCGGAGAAGCUGGAGAGGGAACGGGAUGCCACAUAUGGCGAUUUGCGGAAGAUGAAGGGCAAAUACGACGCAGCUUGUCAGGAAGUCGAGAACAAGCGUAAAAAGACCGAGUCGUCCUUUGAUUAUGGGAAAUCCAAAGCACAGAAUGCGUACCAGCAGCAGAUACUCGAGAUGAACAAUGUCAAGAACACCUACUUAAUCGCCAUCAAUGUCACCAAUAAACAGAAGGAGAGGUACUACCAUGAAUAUGUGCCGGACCUACUCGACAGUCUUCAGGAUCUCGCGGAGUCACGGACAGCGAAGCUUAAUGGGAUUUGGUCGCUGGCAGCGCAACUGGAAACUGGGAUGCUGAAGCGUAGCUUAGACUACGUCAAUCACCUAUCACAAGAGAUCCCCCGAAAUCAACCUCCAUUAGACUCUAUGAUGUUUGUCAGGCAUAACGCCGGGCAGUGGCAAGAACCGCCUAACAAAGUCUUUGAACCUAGCCCUGUGUGGCACGAUGACGAUGCUAUGGUUGUUGAUGAAACUGCGAAGGUCUUCCUUAGGAACGUAUUAAGUAAGUCAAAAUCGCAGCUAGGUGAGCUGCGGAGGGAAGUUGAUAAGAAAAGGAGGGAGGUGGAAGGCACAAAACGUGUAAAGCAACAAAUCCGAGAAGGCAAAGAUAAGCGAGACGAAGUUGACGUUGUUCGAGCGAUCUUUGCGCUCCAAGAAGAUUUACAUGAAGUGGACCACAGGCGCUUGACAGCAGAAGUCGAGACAUCUACGAUUACCUCCGCUGUCGGAGACGUCACGCUGGGAGCAAAGAGCCACAACUUCAAGUCGCAAACCUUCAAAAUACCAACAAAUUGCGACCUGUGCGGUGAUCGCAUAUGGGGGCUCUCGGCCAAAGGCUUCGACUGUCGAGAUUGUGGAUACACAUGUCACAGCAAAUGUGAGAUGAAAGUGCCCGCCGAAUGUCCAGGAGAGCAGAGCAAGGAGGAGAAGAAGAAAUUGAAGAACGAGCGUCAAGAUGCUGCGAAUUCCCUACGGGUACCAAGUACACCUUCAGGGAGCGUCUCAGAACUUCCUACCAUGAGCCGCUCGAACACCAUGAAUUCUUUGAGUUCGGGAUAUGCCGCCAGUGCACAUCGAUCGGUCUCAACCAGCGGGCCACGAUCGCCAGUGGAGGAGACACCACCUGACAGACCUAAUUCAUUAAAGCCAACCAAUACUGGAACUAGCACGUUGAGAAAGAACAGGGUAAUUGCUCCACCUCCCACUGCGUAUAUCAGCGAGUUACCUGGCAGUGCUCCCAAUGGGUCUUCAUCGGGCGAGCAGAAAGCGAAGAUGCUGUAUUCUUACGACGCGAAUGGCGAAGGAGAAAUUACGGUUUCAGAAGGGAAGGAAGUGGCUAUCCUAGAACCAGACGACGGUGGAUGGACUAGAGUCAAAGCCGGCUUCAAAGACGGCCUCGUCCCAACUGCGUAUCUAGAAAUACUCGCCACACCGGCACCGGCACCAGCACCUCGCCCCUCGUCCAUCUACUCCAACUCCGGCUCCUCCAUAGCUGGCAGCAUGCAGGGUAAGAAACAAGGCCCAGCCGUGGCGCCGAAGCGUGGAGCGAAGAAACUUAAGUAUGUUGAGGCGCUGUAUGAGUAUGCGGCUCAGAGUGAUGCAGAACAUAGUAUGUCCGAGGGCGAGAGGUUUGUAUUGAUCAAGGAGGAUCCGGGGGAUGGAUGGGCGGAGGUCGAGAAGGGAGGAGUUACGAAGAGCGUUCCGGCAAACUAUGUACAGGCUGUUUAG